UUACAUAUUGGAGACUAUAAAUAAAUACAUUAGUUUUCUUAUAUUUUAGGGAACAAUGCGAAUCCAGAUCAAUGAAAUAUAAUAUCAUAAGCGAGAUGCGCUAAUGGAUCCAUUGUGAGUUUUCGUAUAAAAAGCUGUUUAUUGGAGGUGGUGUUUCACUAACGGUGAAGUAAUGGUUGACUUCGUUGGACCUAAGUUUCAGAAGGCCAUUCUGAUAUGCGUCAUGUUGUUGACGAUGGAAGUCCACACGCAUACGAUUCUUCCUGAAAAUUCUGAAACUGAAUGGGAGUACGACGACAUGCUUAAUAAUUUGCACAAAAUUCAACAUCGGAGGCAAGACGACAGCGAUUUGGAGGCAGACUUUGUUAAGAAAUCAGCAAAUUAUCCUGAGUCAAAGACGAGAAAGAUACAAUUUUUCGAUGCCAUCCAGCCCCACACUUGUUCAUGUGGCAUGGAAUUUCGCCUGCUAGACUUGGGCCCUACAUAUUUUCCAAGAUAUGUCCCUACGGGCGUGUGCAACCGAAAUACGUGCGGCCCAAUGAAGGAGUGCGUGGCCCGUCAAUACAAAAUACGGAUCCUAAAAGAAAAGGAUGCAAACACGGACACCCCCAACGAAAUUUUUAUUCCGAAAAGCCUCAGUGAAUAUUGGACGGUGGAAUUCGUCACGGUGACCGUGUCCUGCGAAUGUCACUUUCAAAUUUAAUGCUCCUUUCAUAAACUUCUAACAAAUAUAAUGGUAUGCUGAACAUA